AUGAGUUCGCCGUAUGUUAUCUUGGUCGGAACGGUAAUGUCUGUUAUUGUAUUAUUGGUAUGCUCCUAUUGUUACUUUCGAACCAUCAUGGAGAUACGGGUUGCCACAAAGAAGGCCUCAAUCAUUGGUGCGGUUCCUAAAAAUAACAACAAUAAUCCUCCUAGAGGUCGUCAGGGAUCGACAAUGGCACGUUCGAUCUCGGAUUCUAGAAGUUCGGAGAUUGAGGCUAGAGUUACAAAAAAAGUUAUGGGAUAUAUACUUGUGUUUAUUCUUCAAUGGUUUCCUACUAUUCCUUAUGACAUCUAUGAAUUCUUGGAUAUAAACACGGCUUGGGUGUAUGUGCUAGUCGUAAUAGCAAUUAACAUGGGGGGUAUAGGAAAUGCAGUAUGUUAUGUGUUGAAUGAAGGUUGGAGUCUUCACAGUAAUAAUUCUUCAUUGAAUACUGAAGAGAGGGGCGAUACAGGGCGAACCCUUUCAUCGAAUGUUAAAAAUAAGGAAAAGGAAAACAAUAAUAGUGUCAACUCCACAUCCCUGCAAGAACACUUCACCGAAACUGGACACUCACAAGCGGUGAUGAUCAACGAUGAUCAACAAGAUCUCUGUCAUGUUUAA